AUGCCUAAAACCCAAACCGCCAAAACCUCGCAACAGCGAGCAUCCAAUGCAGCGCCAUACAAGAAGACCAAAUCUCCCAAGGACUCGCAUUUGUACACCGACGACAAUCCAUCAACCACAAUCCACGGCACAGGCUUCAAAGACAAGGCUGCCGCUCUCAGGACUCUAGACUUGAUCAAAGAUCGCUCGCUCACCUACCAGUUCCAAACGGUGAACACAAUGUAUCAUCGCGCGAAGCAUCAUCCGUCGAUGAAGAAGAAAGUCGAAGGAAGCGCCGGGCUCAAGGAUAUGGAUGAGGCCAUGGCUGUUUUCAAGCAUUGGUUGGAUGUUACUUAUCCGGAGCAGAAAGAGAGUCUGCGAAGGGAUGGGUUCAAGCCUCUUCUUAGCAAGGAGUGCGUGGAGAGAUAUCUCGCGCGCAUCGUGGGUGCGGAUUUAUCUGACAACGCUCGGAAAUUCGCCGAGGUUUAUGCAAAGCUGCCAAAAGGCAAGAGGCUUGCUAAUACUCUGGUCGAUGACAAGAAGCCCAAGGAAGCGGACUGGGAGAGAUUGCGAUAUGACUGCCUUGAUAAUCUUGUGCCGACAGACAAGGAAAGCGGUGCAGCCUCGUGGGAUUCCAACGAGCUAUGGAGCCAGGAUGGGCAACCGACAUCCCAGCAUCUCGAGCUUAUUGCAUGGGCGUGGAGUCCGGUGAGCGAGGCGAAGCUAAAGUGA